CUCAGGGAGGGGGCGUGGCCCCAGUGAGGCUAUACCCGCUCCUGGUGAGUCACGUAGCUCUGCAGCAACUACAGCCUCUUCUGGGAGUCAGAGCUGUCAGACCGAGCUGUUCCCGUGGUUCCUGUAGCUGCUGCUGCUAACUGCUGCGUACAGAGAGCUGUCACCAUGCCCCAUUCAUACUCAGCCCUUUCUGCUGAGCAGAAAAAGGAGUUGUCUGACAUUGCCCUCCGGAUUGUGGCUCCAGGCAAAGGCAUUCUGGCUGCAGAUGAAUCUGUAGGUAGCAUGGCCAAGCGACUGAGCCAGAUUGGGGUGGAAAACACUGAGGAGAACCGUCGGUUAUAUCGCCAGGUCCUAUUCAGUGCCGAUGACCGUGUGAAGAAAUGCAUUGGAGGUGUCAUUUUCUUUCAUGAGACGCUCUACCAAAAAGAUGAUAACGGUGUUCCCUUCCUCCGUACUGUCCAGGAUAAAGGCAUUGUUGUGGGCAUCAAGGUUGAUAAAGGUGUAGUGCCUUUAGCUGGAACCAGUGGAGAAACCACCACUCAAGGGCUGGAUGGACUCUCGGAACGCUGUGCCCAGUACAAAAAGGAUGGUGCUGAUUUUGCCAAGUGGCGCUGUGUGCUGAAAAUCAGUGAGCGCACACCUUCACCACUUGCCAUUCUGGAGAAUGCCAAUGUGCUGGCCCGAUAUGCCAGUAUCUGCCAACAGAAUGGCAUUGUGCCUAUUGUGGAGCCUGAAAUCCUGCCUGAUGGAGACCAUGACCUCAAACGCUGCCAGUAUGUUACGGAGAAGGUCCUAGCUGCUGUCUACAAGGCUCUGAGUGACCAUCAUGUAUACCUGGAGGGGACCCUGCUCAAGCCCAACAUGGUGACUCCUGGCCAUGCCUGUCCCAUUAAGUAUAGCCCAGAGGAGAUUGCCAUGGCAACUGUCACUGCCCUGCGUCGCACUGUGCCUCCUGCUGUCCCAGGAGUGACAUUCCUGUCUGGUGGUCAGAGUGAAGAGGAGGCAUCACUCAACCUCAAUGCCAUCAACCGCUGUCCCCUCCCCCGGCCCUGGGCCCUUACCUUCUCCUAUGGACGUGCCCUGCAGGCCUCUGCACUCAAUACCUGGCGAGGACAGCGAGACAAUUCUGGGGCCGCCACUGAGGAGUUCAUCAAGCGGGCUGAGGUUAACGGGCUUGCCUCCCAGGGCAAAUAUGAGGGCAGCGGAGAAGAUGGUGGAGCGGCAGCACAAUCUCUCUACAUUGCCAACCACGCCUACUGAGUAGCAUCUCCAUAUAAACCAUCCCUGCACCCAGUUUUGCCUGUAGUUAUGACCUGGACCAAAUAGCCAUUCAGUGAAGAGAUGCUUCCAUCCAGGCACCAAAUCAUUCUCCUUAUCAACUCCCUCCUCUCUUCUAAUGCAGUAAUGGAAGGAUAUGGUGCCUUUCCUGGUCCAAGGGCAGGAGAAUUUGCUAGAAUUCAGAAGUCAGAGCAGUAUGCUUGGGUUUCCCCUCUGCCUCUGCCAACCCGCACAUUUUCCCAGCAUAGGGUAGCUUCUUUUAGGUCUUUCCUUGCCUGCUUUCUCUCCUGGGAUCACUGACUAGGACACCAGACCUGACUUAAGCUUUCAGUACAUGCCAUUAUAGCAAAUAAAGCAAAAUAUGCUCCUU